GGUCACAGGGAAAGGAGUUCUCACGGUGGAAGGAAGCCUGAGCACAGCUGUGAAGACUGAGAUUGAGGAGUGGACCGAGGCCAGAACCAAACACACCCUGCCUAGACUCAGAAGACAGUUCUGGAUCAGGGAAAGAGUCCAAGGAAGUGAAGGAUGAGGAUGAAGGGAGCGACGGGGAUCCUGAUGAAGAGGUGGAGAUGAAAGAGGAGUGUGGAGAGGGGGAGGGGCCCUACCUAUCAGAAGUAGAACCGGCAGCCAGUGAGAGUGAGGAUGGCUAUGGCCCCUCCUCCCAACGCUACACCACAGCUGAUUCGCUAGCCAGCAGCCCCGCCUCUUCUCAGUUCUCGAUAUGUGGGGAGGAUCAGGAGGCCGUUCAGGCUCAGAAGAUCUGGAAGAAAGCCAUCAUGCUGGUGUGGAGAGCGGCAGCCAAUCACAGGUAUGCCAGUGUGUUCCUCCAGUCUGUGUCUGAUGACAUCGCCCUGGUUACCACAGCAUUGUACACAGACCCAUGGAUCUGUCGGCCAUCAAGAAGAGUAUCGAGGCGGGUCAGAUCCGUACGACAGCGGAGUUCCAGCGUGACAUCAUGCUGAUGUUCCAGAACGCAGUGAU